CGGCGGCGUGGGGACCGCUGUGUCCACCCGGACCUCAGUGUCGGACCGGUUUCAUAUUACCCAGUGAUACAGUUAUAAAUUCCCAGGAUAAGACAUUUAUUUUUAUACCAUGGAACAGAGCUGAAACUGUUCGCUUCCUAAUGUACCUUUGACGUCAAAAGUGCGUCGAGCACUCGCAUGAUUAAAAAAAAAAAAAAAAAUGUUUGGUUGCAUGAUAUUUUCGACCUAACGUAUUUGCGAGACACCUGCAAAUAAGAGUCACCUGGAAGAAGAGGAUGGACAUCGUCACCUUUGACUGACGACUAUUUUCAAGAUUACAUUUUAGGAACAUGGAGACAGUUUCCAUGGUCCAGCCUCAUCCAGCAGUAUGAUUGGAGCAUCUGGUCUCUCAGGGGACACCCUGAUAGCGUGCCACUUCCCUGUGGUUCAGCUGCCCACUUGGCAACUUCCUGUCCAGGCCCUGUGCAGCUCAGCCAAGAGGCCCGGCCGGCUGUGCUCAGUGGGCCUGACCCGAGCUGUGUCCCUCCCGGAACAAGAGUCGCUGAACCGAGAUCAUGCCUUCACCGGUGGCCGCAGAUAUUUCUCCAGCAGCUACAGUAGUCUCAACGAGGACCGGGCAGAGGAGGAGGGCGGCAGUGAUAGCAGCGGGAGGUACGACUCCACCUCGUCACCAGAGGAGAUGAGUUCCCAUCUGAAGAAGGAAAGCUCUGGAGCUAGAGGCAUUCUGCGGUCACACAACUCAUUCCUUCCCAACAUAGAGCUAGAUGAGUAUGAGGAAGAUGAAGAUAGUGAAGGAGGUAAUCUACACAGAUAUCAUGAGGACUCAUCUUUUGUGCUGCAUGGAAAUUCUAACUGGCCUCUAAGUAAUGGUGCCAGAAAUUAUACAAUGUCCUACGGGGACAUGGAGAGUGAAUGGGGCAAUGAAGGGACCAUUUUGGGCAGUGAGAGUGACCAAGAGUGGCUCUGUAACCAGCCUAACCAGGCAGACUUACUGCAAACUGAAUGCCAGUGCUUUCAUGUGGGCAGAUCUGGCAUCACGGUGAUGGCUUAUGGAGAGCAGGACUCUGACAGACUGAAGGAUAAAAUGUCCUGCUGCAUCCACAGCCAACACAAAUGUGCCCCAGAGCAGUUCUCCAACAGCCACACAGAGAAUGUCAGCGACUCUUCCUGUAACAGCUCUGACGGCGUCUUAGUUAACUUCUGCACUAUCUAUAACCGGAGCAACAACCCUGCCACGCCUCAUGACCUCAGCAGUCCUGCUGUUCACCCCUCUCAGUCAUCUGAGGGAUCCGUGUUCCUCAACCUCCAACCUGUUCCCAAGACUCCAGCCGACGACCUCCAUCAUGAGGACAUGGCAGUUUAUGCUUCCCCAAAGGAGGAGAAUGACAUGACACCCUUUGCUUCCUGCUGGUCUCCUCAGGGCCUCGACUCUAACUGCAACCUUUACUCCCUGGAGCCGCUACCCCCGGGUCUCUCCUCACUGGAGGUAUCAGACUUAACUGCCUGUCUCCAAAGCCAGGCCACAUUGGCCAUUGGAACCAACCAGAAGUACUACAAGCUCGUGACUUGUGACCUCUCCUCCCAGUCACCCAGCCCAGCCUGGUCAAGCCUCACCAGUUGCCCAGAGGGUCAGAGCAGAAUUAGCCCCUUCCCUCCCUCUGAGCACCUCUUUGUAGAUCAUAGGAAAGACGGACAAAACAAAGAAGUUAAGAAGGAGACAGAGGAUCAACAAAAGCAAAAUAGGUUCUCCCCUGCACAGUGUAGCGCCGGGUUUGACUGCUCUCCGUUUCAGACCUAUGAUUACCAGGUUGCCACCACCUCCACCGAGAAAGCCCUCUGCAGGAAGAAACAUACAGACAGCAUCCAAAACUCCUCUCAUACACCUUGUUUGCUGUGCCCCAGCCAGUGUAGCCCACAUAGCAGUGGAAGCCAAGGCACAAGCGCUGCAACCACACAGCCAUCUGUGAUUCUAGACCAGGAGCACUGUGAUACUGAUGCCAGUGAGAAGGGAGCCUGUUCAUUGGAACCUGCAGUGGUGCGCUACAGUAAGGCCCAGAGACCAACCUCGCUGCCCAUACAGCCCUUUGUUCUGGUCCCCACAGGCAAACCCCAGGCCCAGCACUUGGGCUGUCUUCUGGAGCAGUACAUGAAUCAAAAGAGCAGCAAGUCUGGUAGCUCCCAGCCAGGCUUCAAGUUCAAGGGCAAACGGAGUCAAGGCUUUUCUGAUCUUCAGCUAUCACCAAUGGGCAGCCACUACCCCAUCUUUCUGGAGGCUCCUUCGAGCUCUGAUACCUGCUCCACCUGCACGCCGAGUCCAGAGUGCUUCAGCCGCAGACAUACAUGGAGCCGGUCCAGCAGAAGUCAAGGACUCCCCAGUCCAUGUACAUCAAAAAGCAGCCUGGGUCCACCUUACACCAGCCCAAAGCCCAGACUGGUUCAGAUGCAAGAUAAAACAAGCCCACACUCUGGCAAAACUCAGACUAACACUUUUUUAAAUCCGAUCCCAGACCCAAAUCAGUCUAACCUUGUUAAGAUUCCCACCUACCAGGACCUUAUUAACCUCAGUCCUGAGCAGAGCCAUGCCAACACUGAGCCCCACUGUCCCAAUCACUCACAGACCCACACUUCCUACCAUUCAGUUUUCUCUCAUACACCACCCACUUUACCCCUAACCACUGAGACCCAUCACCAAAAUUUGCAGUUGUCUGUGUCUCCUUCCACAACCUUACAACCAGAAAAGGAGUUCCCUCUUAACAGUAGUUUUACAGCUGCCCUCUCCUCUAUAGCGCCUCUCUCCUCUCUGAGUUCUUUGCUAUCCUUUGCUGCUUCUGGGCAGCACCCACAGCAUAUCCAGGACCCUGUAGGGCUCAGUGGGAAGCCGAGUCAGAAUCAACACAGUGAAUCGCUGAUCCUGAGUGACAGGCCGCCCACAGAGUUUUGCCUCUCACCCGAUACAUCUUAUGAGUCAAUGUCUAUCAGCCAUCUUCAGAGGAGAGGUUUGCUGAGGUCUGUGAGCAGGGCGGUGGAUUUGAUCAUGGCUCAUUUUGGCAGCAGCAGAGACCCCGACGAAAAGAUGCGUCUGGGUAACAGCUCUCGCAGUCCCACAAUCGCCGGUCUGGUCCUGGAACAUUUGUGUCCCUCGGUCCAGAAUAUUUUAGAGGACGGUCUUCGGGAUCACAAACUGGAUCUCAUCAUCGGGCAGCGCCGCAACCACUCCUGGAGUGUGGUGGAACUCUCUACUAGGAUCGGCCCAUCCACCAGGGUCCUUCACAGCCUGGUCUCAAAAAUCAGACAAUGUCCUCAGCUCACCAGCCACUGCAUGAGACUGAGAGCCUUCAUCAUGGGCCUGCUUAAUUUGAGAGCUUUGGAGUUCUGGCUUAGUCACCUUCAGAGUCAAAAAGAUGUGGUGACCACAUACUACCAUUCAUGGGGGUUCCUGUCCAUGUCACUGGGUCAUUGUCAGCCCUUGUUUCAGGAGCUGCUACUUCUUCUGCAACCACUCUCUGUGUUGCCCUUCGAUCUCAGCUUGCUCCUGGAGCCCCGACUGCUACAUAACAGACAGCUGUGUUCGGAGGAUGAAGGUGUUUCUCCACCUCCACCAUGCUCAGCGCUCUUAGCGACCAGCUGGCCACUACUGCAAGUUGACAAAAAGGCUGACAGCAGCCGCAGUGGUCAGCAAACAAUGAUUUCAGGACUGCAUCACCAAGAGUCGCUCAGUUCUCAGAAUUGCAUUAACCAAGAUUGCGAAGGGAUGCAGGUCAGCAGGAGUCCAUUGUUAGCUCCAAUUGGUGGUGGCAUCCAGUGGUGGCAAAAAGAGCCUGACCUUAUGGAUGGUGUGGUUGAAGGGGAGGACUGUAGCCAGAAUAAUAAUGCAGAUACUUGGUCUCAAAUAAGUAUGGACAGCAGGCAAGAAGAGAGGAGGGGAGAGAAAGACAAUGAGAGCCCAAAUGCAUUAACUUGUGUCCAGGCUGAAAGUCCAUGUCAGGGUGGGCUGCGCUGGGCCAAACUCUUUGGAGCAGCUAAUACCAGGACAGCAACAGUUUCUCAGAGUCACAUUGAAGCACAAUACAGAAGGUACAGACGGCCAUCACAGUGGCUGCAUUUGGAGAGAUUGCAGCUUGGACUGUUGGCUCAAUCCAUCAGGUCAAUGAAGCUAGGGGGUUCUCAGACUGACAAGGACUGCUGAAAGCUUGACUCCCUAUGUGGCUGGAGGACAGAGUGGAGGCUAUUUACUGUAAAAACAAAAAGUCUGGACUGCAUGAUAAUACAUACACAGUGCUCGAUGCUGCUGAUCUGAGCAGAAAACACAUAAAAUACAGGAUUGACAGAUAUGGCAAUGGCCCGUAUUCAUCAAGCUUUGUGUUGCACCAACUUAUUUGUGAAUCCAUUGCUAAGUUUGUGUGUCCUUUCUAAUUUCUGAAAUAUCAGCUAGUUUCAAAACAAAUCAACUUGCACCAUUAGAAUGGCUCAACUAACAGGAAGUCGCUGUCAUAACUGUAAAAAUAACUUUGUGUCCAAUUUAUAUUUAAUAUAACAGCUAAUCCUUUGUAAAUGUUAGGAUUACUUUUAUUUAUUUAUACAAGCAUACAUUUAGAAAUUUUAGAGUUAGUUAGUAGAUUUUUGCCUCUCUGAAGAAUUUGAGGUAACUGUAUUCUGUUACUUUGUGAAGUGUAAUUUAAAAGUCCUCCCAGUGUGUCAUUAUACAGUGUUUAGAUUAACUGCCUGGUCACAUAUGCCAACUGUUCAUAUUAUCUCCUACUUUUCAAACUAAAUAGGUCAUAUGUUAGCCAGCUAACAUAAGAUUUGGGUUAGCUAAUGCUACUGUUACACCUGGAAGUUACUGGGUGUAAAUAUGCAAUGACAACUAAUCUCUAAGUAAGAACAAUAUUUUUUGUGCAACCCUUUUUAAUUUAGUGAUGCACAAAUCUCUGUAACUGGGCCUAGUUUGAACUUUCAAACAGCUGGUACAGCUGGCUCCUGGUGUAACCAGCUUAAAACGUCCCUGUGUCGUUUUAUCAGUGCUAUGUAAUUUGUGCUCAUAUUAGUUGUUACAUUGCUGUUUUCCAGGAAAUAGCUUGAUGAAUGAGGGCCUAUUUGCAAUUGCACUCUGGAAUAAUCACAAGUAGGUGCUUCUGUUACCUGUUAUUCUCCGUUAUAUUUCCUGUAGGCACACAUCAAUCAUAAAACAAGUUAUAGACCUGUUGUAGACUGUUUAAUAUUCUUGUGGUGCAAAACUGUCCAUUUCUCAAACGUCGCUGUCAUUCUCUCCAUAGCUGUACCUUUCAUCUAUAGGUGGGAAAAAAGCUAGCUAUACACUCUUAUUAGUGCCAAAUAUAUAGAUACACUAUCCUUGUGGAUUGUCAGUGAUGUUUUAUUUCCAGUAAUUUCCUUUUUAUGAGAAAAUUCCCAGCAUGGAUUAACUGUAGGUGCAUGAGUUAACAAACAUACAAUAGGUGCUUCUGUAUUUACUACAUCUCUUAGCUUCCUGUUAAUGUUUUUAUAGCUGUAGUUGGGUCAUUUUCUGGGACUGGAGUUUAAAAUGUGUGCAAUCGUGUGGUAUAGUACAGUUGUAUGUCUUCCGGUGAGGUUUGUUCAGUUGCACAAAUAUAGGCCAUCUUGUGGCUGUUUCAGGUAUAUAAAUGUGUGCCAGGUGUAUUUUGAUAGACUGGUUGUUAGGUAAGAGGGAGAAAAGAGCAGAAAAUGUGUUCUUUGCAUUUGUUAAAUAGAUAAUGUACUGCAAUAACGUGAAGUCUAUGAAAUUAUUCCACCCAGCAUCACUUUGUUAACCUCUGGAGAAUUCCUCUAUGCCCAGUGACAAUCAAAGUCAAUAAAGACUUAACGCA